AAACAUUCUAACCGCUCCAUCCAGCAUCAAAAUGAAGUUCACCGCCGCCACUCUCUUCUUCUUCCUCGGCGCCUCCAUGGCCACCGCCACAGCCGAGCCCGUCUCCUCUGCCGUCACCAACGACUGCCUCGCUCUCGGCGGUCUCCUCGACACCCGCGGCCUCGUCGGCACCGAGCACCGCAAGUGCUCCGACCACCCGCUCCAGCACGACAGCCUCCAGAAGCGCUCCUGCGCCGUCCGCAACUACGGCUGCGAGAAGGGCUACUGCUGGAAGAAGUGCCGCGAGGGCAAGGACCAGCCCUGGUGCUGGAUGGCCAAGAACUACGGGUCCGGCGCGUGGAACACGUGCGGCAAGGACUCGGAGUGCGAGCCCUCCAAGCUCGGUGCUUCGGACUGCGGUGUCUGCAACAAGGGCACUUGCGGUUGCACUUGCUAGAUGCGAUGGUCUGCCCGCUUGACCCUAUGGGUUUCACUGCUCCAGUGGACCGCUAUACAU